AUGGCAGCGACGCGAGCGUGCUUGCUCCUUGUCGUCGUGGCUCUCACGUUUCUCUUCUUGGAGGGCCGGGCGGCGGUGGCGCCGGCGACUGCAGGGAGUUUCGUGCAGCGCCGGCGGGAGAGCCGAGAUGGGGAUGUCAUAGACUGUGUGCACAUCUCCAAACAACCUGCAUUCGACCAUCCUCUUCUCAAGAACCAUACUAUCCAGAUGUGGCCUUCUUACCAACCAGGAGACAUGUAUCAUGACCCCAACUUCACACCUCAUCCAAUCACCCAAACAUGGCAUCAAAAUGGAAAGUGCCCUGAGAACACGAUACCGAUCCGAAGGACCAAUGAGGAGGAUGUUCUAAGGGCCAGUUCCAUCAAGAGAUAUGGCAAGAAAAUGCCUUGGAGUAUUCCAAACCUCAAUUCAAUCAAUGACCCUGACACACCCAAUAUAUUGAGGGGCCACCAGCAUGCCGUAGCAUCGACAAGUAUUGAUAAAUGCCAAGGAACGAGAGCAACCUUCAAUUUGUGGCAACCAAUGAUUGCGAGGGCCAAUGACUUCAGCUUGGCCCAGCUCUGGAUCACUGGGGGUUCCUAUAGUGGCAAUGGCCUCAAUACCAUUGAAGCAGGAUGGCAGGUCUACCCAUAUCUGUAUAAGGAUAACAAUACUAGACUCUUCAUCUAUUGGACUCGUGAUGGAUAUCAUACAACAGGUUGUUACAACCUAAUGUGUCCAGGGUUCAUCCAGACGAACAAAAAUAUCGCCAUUGGUAGCAGCAUCUCCCCAGUAUCCACCUAUGGUGGCACACAACAUGACUAUGAUAUUUUAGUUCGGAAGGACCCAAAGGAUGGCAAUUGGUGGCUGCAAGUGGAAGGUGAUUGUGUGGGGUAUUGGCCAUCGUCCAUCUUCUCAUACUUAGCCAAUAGUGCCUCUUCUGUACUGUGGGGUGGUGAGGUGUUUUCACCUGAGGCUGGACAAACUUCCACACAGAUGGGCAGUGGACACUUCCCCGAGGAAGGGCUCGGUAAGGCCAGUCAUAUCAAGAACAUCCAAGUGAUAGAUUCGUCAAACAAUCUCAAAUCGCCAAGUGAUGUGGGCUUGAUAGUUGAGCAGCGGAACUGCUAUAAUGUGCAAAGUGGUAUCUCUAGCGACUUGGGCAAUUACAUCUACUAUGGGGGACCCGGGAAGAACCCUAACUGCUCAUGA